AUGUCAAAGAAAUAAAAAAUGCAAAUCUCUCCUCUCAUUAAUCAUGCAAUUUCAAUGUCCAACCUUAAUGUUAAGAUUAAUAAAAUGACUCAAAUAACUAAAGCAAAUAAACUCAAGAAAAUGAAGUAGCCUAAAUAUGAAAAAAAUGCAUUAGUUGAUAAAAAUUAAUUUCAAUAAAAGGAAGAGAAGAAAAACAUUGAUUCAAGCAAAGAAAUUUAGGAAAUAAACAAGGAUAAUUAAAAUUAAAAAAAAGGUUUUGGUCAUCUUGGCAUUUUAAAUCUUCAAGUAGAUCAUUUAUUGGAUAUGAUCUUGUGA